AAAUAAAACAAUAAUUGUCUUCUUCCAGCAUUGAAUCAGAGUAUAAAGAUGGUUUUUUAUUAUUAAAAAGAGAGAGAAAGUAAAACAACCAUUACAAGUAAUCAUCCAACAAUCAUAGUAGAGAUUCUCCAAAAUCUAGCAAAUGAUUCGUCGUUUUUAUUAUGAUCACACACAUUGGACCAUAAUCUACAAUUCCUGCUUUCUCUUAUUCCUCGUCUCAAAAAUAAGAUGUUAGUAGGGGUAUUUAAUCAGAAAAAUAAGGUAUUCUCGGAGAAAAAAAAAAGGAAAAAACAACCAUUACAAGUAAUCAUCUAGCAAUCAUAGUAGAGGUUCUCGAAAAUCUAGCAAACAAUUCAUCGUUUUCGUUAUGAUUACUCGUCUUAGAGAUAAGAUGUUAGUGAAAGGGUAUUUAAUUAGAAGAACAAGAUACUCUCGAGAGAAACAAAAGUACAACAGAUAUUACAAAUAAUCAUCCAACAAUCAUAUAAGAGGUUAGAUUUUAAAAAAUCUAGUAGUGAUUCGUCAUUUUCAUUAAGAUCACAUACUAAACCAUAACCUACAAUUCCAGCUAGUUCCACGAUUACUCGUCCAAGAGAUAAGAUGUUAGUGAAUGGCAUUUCUCUGAUUCAUUAUAUCCAAGUAUCAAGAGGUCAAAAUUAGGGAGAAUUUUUCAAAAGGAAAAAAGAUAAUUGUUUUGUUUCAGCAUUUGAAUCAGAGUAAAAAAUACAAAAACAACCAUCACAAGCAGUCAUCAACAAUCGUAGUAAUAGAGGUUCUUGCAAAAUCUAGCAAAGGAUUCGUUGUUUUCACUAUGAUCACACUGAGCCAUAACCUACAACACGGCGUAUUGAAGCUUCAAGCAAUCACUUAAUCACAAGCACUGACUUUUAUCCCUUAGCAAUCAGUACAAUGCCACGAAUCUUCAAAACUGUAAAAGUGAUUGAAAACUAGUUAAAGAAUUUAAUGGCCACAGGCUUCUGGCCUAGCCUAGCUAGUAGCUAUGCUCUGCUCGACUAUAAUAGGGUGCCAAACGUUAUCUCCAAGGUAAACCAUUCUUAUUUAAGCACUCUAGUUAUGGAUAUAUCAGGAUUGUUGGUAUGUUUGUUAGUGAGGCAUCUUAGUAAUUAGCUAUAAAGUUUGUUGGGAUUUUUGGUUAUAAAUAAAGGGAGUGAAUUGGGAGCAAGGUAGGAAUGAUUUUAGUAUGAAUUUCCAUUGAGACUUUGGAAGAGAGCAGCCUCUCAGAUGUCUAUAAUAUAUCGUCACUUCUUUUGAUAUUGCGUUCUGUAUAUUUCAUGAGUUUUCUGGCUAGGUAUCCUAACAUCUUAUUCUUCUGAAAGGUAAUAAUAUAUGUGGUGUAGCUUCUUAAAUUCCUUGGCUUCUUCAAACUGUUUUAUUCCUAUUCAUUUUUCUGGUUUUGGAGAUUGAGCUUUCUUUCAAUUCCAGGUUCUUCCUUUUUUUUUAGCAUUCAAAUAUUUUCCCACCUUCUAUAGGUUUAUAGUUUUCAAGUAUUCUUCACUUCUUUCUAUUAAAGAGAUUAUAACGAGAUAGAAGGCACUAUGUUUUCUGACUUAUUUACACGAAUGGUACUGGAACAUAUCAAUUUGAUAUGGAAUUACUGGGGCAUUGAGUUUCUAGUCUUGGCAAACUUCGUUUUCCAAGUUAUCCUAAUUUUCUGUGGAAGUCUUAGAAGGCACACACCCAUAUAAGCUCAGUUUAACUGUUUGGCUUUCUUACGUACUUCUUGCUAGAACUGCAACUGUUGUUCUCGGCAAGCUCACAACAAUCGACAUAGGCAGUCAACAGCGCAACACGCAUAGCCAAGUUGAGGCAUUGUUGGCACCACUGAUGUUCAUGCAAAUAGGAAGUCCAGAUACAAUAACAGCCUACUCAAUUGAAGACAACCAACUAGGAGUGAGGCACGUUUUCAGUACUGUAAUCCAAGUGGGAAUUGUGUUUUACGUUCUUAUAAGGUCAUGGACAGAUUCCAAAACAUCGUUUCUUUACUUGUCAAUGUCUUUGGCUGGAAUAAUCAAGUAUGGUGAGACUUCAUGGGCUCUAAAAUCAGCACUCAAUGCCAACUUGGACUUGACAAUUGCUGAUUUAAACAAAUAUAAAGUAGCUGAUUUGUUUAACAAAUUGCCACAGGGAGAGAAUGAACUUCCAGAGGCAAAAUUAAUCAUAAUAGCUUACUACAGAUUUUGCUGCCUAAAACCUCAUCUUGAGAAUUGGCCUUACUAUCCAAUUGUUUCUAAUGACAAAAAUCUAAACAUUGGUAAUUGUAAGUAUGAAGAUGUGUUCAAAAUUACAGAUUCUGAAUUGGAUUUCAUGUAUUAUGCGCUCUACACUAAGGCGCCAAUUAUAUAUACUCGUACGGGAUUAAUUCUUCGUUUCAUAAAUUUGCUUAGCAUGAUUGCUGCACUAUGGGGAUUGUCUGCAUUGUUCAAGGAUGCAUUUGUGUAUAAUAUUAGUAUUGGCCUCAUCUAUUUUGUGUUGAUAGCAUCUUUGAUAAUUGAGAUUUAUCAGAUCUUGAGACUACCAUUCACAGAUUGGGCUAUAGUACAGAUGGUACGGUACCAUGAAGCUCGUCCUAUCCUUGGGGGUUUCUUGCAGUCUCUAGCCCCUCAGUCGGCAACUUGGAGAAGGUGGUCUAACAAAAUGGGGCAGUUCAAUCUUUUAGACUUCUGCUUGCAAACCAAGCAUCAGAACUACAUCAUAAGCAAAAUUCUCCGAUUUUGGAGGAUGGAUAUGAAACUCCGAAAGCAAUCGAGUUUGAAUCGAAUUGAAGUCCAACCAGAAGUGAAAGAACCUGUGGUCACAGAACUGAGAGAGAUAGAGAAGAUCAAAGGAAAAGAAAAAUUUGAUCAAAGAGGCCAAUGGACAAUCGAUAGGUACCAAACGGAACUGAAACUCGAUGACGAAGGCAAAUUGAUCAAAGCACUUAAAACUGUAUCGGAGAGGGUUUUCGAUACGAGCAUCUUUAUAUGGCACAUCACAACAGUUAUUUUCUAUACUCGUGAGACUACUGUAUGCAAUAAAAUGAAAGCCAUCAUGAGUCUAUCAGAUUAUAUGAUGUAUCUUAUGGCAACUCGUCCACAUGUGAUAUCAACAACUGGAGAUAUUAUAUUUAAUCAUGUAUGUGUGAGGCUUGGGAAGUUCAUAAGAACUGAAUGUAGAAAGAGAGAUCAUAUAUGCAAUGAUAUUUUGAAAUCACAGGAAGAAGGUAAUAUGCUUGAAGUUGAAGCAAGUGAAUCAGAAGCAGAGAAAGCAGUUGUAGGGAAUUGGGAUUUGCUGAAGGAUGUAAAAGAACUUGUAGAUAGCCUAUUGACUCUGAGCAAUGAAAACAGAUGGAAGGUAAUUGGCAGCAUGUGGUUUGAGAUGUUGGGAUAUGCUGCAAGUAAAUGUGAAAUGGAAUAUCAUUCAGAACACAUCAGACAAGGUGGUGAAUUGAUCACUCAUGUUGGGCUUUUGAUAGCCCAUAAUGUGAAGAGAAUCCAGCUAUUUCUAGUAGGUUUUCAACUUCUUUUUCCUUGAGAUAUGAAAUUUGAUUGCCCGUAAGGAAGUUUUAUGUAGUUUUUUUUUUUUUUUUUUGGUUCAAUGAUUUAUUUUGUAAAAAGCAUCAUGCAUAUGAAGUUCCCUCCUAUCUAGAAUGCUACAUGGCAUUUUUUGAUAAUAAAAGUUAUAUUUCAAGGGUUUCUUUCAAGUGGAUUGAAAAUAUGUAUACAAAUCCCGGAUCUAAUAACAUUUUCAAGGAAGAAAAAGUUUGUUAGAACCCAAAUAUAUUGAAAUUUAAACGGCAACUAGACUACAGAUAAAUCAAGUAAUUCAAGGUACUUGGACCCUCCCAAUCUUGAGAUCACACUCAAGCCCUAAUUCACUCACCAAAAUAUUGUCUAUCUUCCCUGUUCUCCUUAUAUCUUUUUAUAACCAAAUUCCAUAACUCACUCCCCUAACUAAUUACUAAUAUACCCUUAAUACUCUAAUAAUACCCUAAUACCAUUCCUAUCAAAGUUGUCAUGGAUUGAAAUAAAUAAAUAAAAGGAAAAAGGAAAAAGAAAGUGAACACACAUCUAAUAGUUCAGAAAUUAGGCUUACAAAACAUAAUUAUUUGCCUGUAAAAAAAAGUUUUAAUUUCUCUCAUUAUAUAUAUAUAUAUAUAUACAUUAACUAUUUCUCAUUCUCUUGAACAUGAACUUUCUCCAAUUACCAUAUGUGCUAUAUCUCAUUACUCCCAUGUUUAACAAUAUAUUAACUUAGAGUGGACAAUCAUGCUUGGCAUCGUGAUAAUUCCAGCUGUAGAAGAUGGAGAUCAGAAAAAUCUCUCAACUUGUUAAAUAAAAGAAUAAAACUACACAAAGAUGACAACUAUAAAUCAUAAACAAUGCAAAAACAGUAAUAGGCUAAAAUACUAUCAUAGUCCCUAUGCUUUGGGUUCCUUCCAUGUUAGUCCUUGUACUUUCAAUUGUCUAAUUUUAAUCGUUGUAUUUUCAAUAAAUCUUAAACUUAGUCCUUCAAAGUCAAUUUUUAUAAAAA